CCAGAAGAUCGCCACCAAAUUCAGAAUCGUUUUGUGAUAACUUUUGCUGCUGUAAUAUAAAAUGGGCCUUCUGUCACUCCUGCGUAAAUUGCGGCCAAAUCCGGAUAAGGAAGCCAGGAUUCUUCUCUUAGGCCUGGACAAUGCGGGUAAAACAACUAUUUUAAAGCAACUGGCAUCGGAGGAUAUAACAACGGUAACGCCGACGGCUGGUUUUAAUAUCAAAUCGGUGUCGGCGGAUGGCUUUAAGCUAAAUGUCUGGGACAUUGGAGGUCAAUGGAAAAUCCGACCAUAUUGGAAAAACUAUUUUGCCAAUACCGAUGUUUUGAUUUAUGUAAUUGACUGCACGGAUCGCACACGUCUUACGGAGGCAGGCAGUGAACUAUUCGAAAUGCUAAUGGAUAAUCGGCUAAAACAGAUCCCAUUGCUGGUAUUUGCCAAUAAGCAAGACCUGCCCAGUGCCAUGACCGCCUCCGAAGUGGCCGAGGCAUUGGGUUUGGUACGUUUAGAGGAUCGCACCUGGGAAAUUAAAGCCUGCACAGCUGUUGACGGCAGUGGCCUUAAGGAAGGAAUGGAUUGGGUUUGCAAGAAUAUGAAGAAGUAGUUCAAAUAAGUGUUAUUUUAUAUGCUUUAAGCUUGUUAGAAUUAAGAAUAUAAUAUACAUAUCUACAUGAAACAUAUAGUAGCUCUUGCCCAACUCUUCAAAUUUUAUAGAUACAUAGAUUAAAAGAAUUGAAAGACGAUGUGUUCCAGCGGGCUAAAUUUGCUAGUGCGCAACCUUUUGGGCAGCCGUUCUCAAGAGUCUAAUAUCUUAGUCUUGGGUUUGGAUAAUGCAGGCAAAUCCACUUUAAUCGCUCAACUAAUCAACGAUCAGAGUAACUAUCCAAUGAAGCCGACUCUGGAGCCCCAUGAGAUGCAUACAAAAAUCAAAGGGGCCCGAGUAUGCCUUUGGGAUCUCAGUGGUCACAUUCAAAAGCGUAUGUUGUGGUCAAAUUACUAUGAGAACAAAAAGGCUGUGGUUUAUGUCAUUGAUGGCAAAGAUGCAGCUCGCUUGAGUGAGGCACGUUGUGCACUUUGCGAUUUGAUUCUCAAUAAUCAUCUGCAGCAGGUGCCACUUUUGAUUGUGGCCAAUAAGCAAGAUUUAGGUUGUGCUAUAUCAAGCUCAAUGAUGUCUUAUCUUUUGGGUCUAGAUCGUUUAGAGGAUGACACUUGGGAAAUCAAAGAAUGUUCCGCUCUAACAGGCAACGGCAUUGAGAAUAUUAGAAAUUGGAUUUACUAUAAAGCAAAGAAAUAAUUCACUAACGUUUAAUGGAAAUAAAACGACUACGCAACGUCAACAAAAAAUAAAUUUUUGUAAAAUGAA